AUGUCCCAAUUUAUACAGCACAGCUUCAAAACGGAACCGGCGCAUCACCUAUCCCACCCUAUUAUCAGCAUUUCGCACCUCGAUCCUGCAGCACGCUCUCUCAACGUUGGAUCGCCCAUUCAGCUGAACUUGGACUCUCGUUUUCUGGUGCCGAUUGACAACCCACGCCAACUGCACUGGGAGCAAAAUUGCGAGAUGCCGAGCGAUGAGGAUGUAUCUUCCGAUAUGCACGGAGGGAGGAGACGAGACCGGUGA